GACUGCAUAAUGAAUUGGAAACUUGCUUCUGGAAUUGGUCAUGACUUAGAAAGAGUAUCCAAUUCUUAACAUGGAGUUUGGAGUCAAAUUGACUGUCUUUCCAAUUCUUAACAUGGAGUUUGGAGUCAAGUUGACUGUCUUUCCAAUUCUUAACAUGGAUUUUGGAGUCAAGUUGACUGUCUUUCCAAUUCUUAACAUGGAGUUUGGAGUCAAGUUGACUAUCUUUCAUGAAGUGGGGCGAAUCAAAGUCAUCCAUUUCAUUGGAAGGCAUAAAAGAUGGUAACCUGGAGAAAUGAUGCACAUACAUAUAGGAAAAAAACAUUAUAAUUCAUCACUGAAUAGGUCAUAUAUCAGAAUUUUUUUUUGAUAUAUGAAGCCUUGAAUAUUUCUUGUAAGAAGCUUAAAAAACUUCAGCUUUCUUCUGGUCUCUUACUUUUCUUCUAUGAAGUAGAUGAACGGCUAGCAAUAAUUAUUUGUAUGUCUAUAGCUCCAAGGUAGAUCAUAUAGUACUGUGCUUUCAGGUUUGGGGAUAGAACGCCGGAUAUGUUAGCUGUUGUCAAUUGUUGUCGCUGUGAAAGAAAUUUGGCUUAGAGUUAUUUGUUUGUUUAACUUUCAUUUUGGUCGGUUCAAAGAGGAAAAAGGAGGAAACAAAACAAGGUUUAAACAGCUAAUCAUUUACAUUAUAAGGCAAACGCUUGACAUGUGGGCUGUUCUCCCAAUGGCUUAUACAGAAUCAUAGCUUGGCAACACAUGUUUUUUUGCCUCUAAAAAGCGUUUUCUGCGGAGGCUAAUAGUAAAUGCAGUCAUGCACUACAGAGAGAGCAAGGGAUAGAGAGAGAGAGAGAGAGAGAGAGAGAGAGAGAGAGAGACAUUACUGCAUAGCCACAAUUUUUGUCCCAUUUCUUCUUCUUUUACAAAACUGAUGUUGCCUUGCUGAGAGCAUGAUGAGGCAAUCAGUAUAUUCUUCAGAUGGAUAUUAAAAUUGAUUUUCUACUUUUCUUAAGCAUUCAGAGUUUAUUGCAAGUUGGAGAAAAUGGGGAAAAUGAUUUUCUGUUAAAGCCAGGAGGGAGCCUAGAGCAUGGUACUUCAUUGGUGCUGCAAGUAAUGGCGAGGUCAUAAUCUAGAAAUAAGAACAUGAUUCUCUAACUUUUAGGUAGAGGUUAAAAGGUUUCAAGAUUUGGUUGUGGAAAGAAUAGGAAGCUUAACUUUCUGAUAGGAACUAGUUAAAACAACAUUUCCAUAGAAAUGCUAGAAGAGUGGAAUCUCCUGUUAAUUCCUUGCCUUGCUAUAUCAAAAAUGGUUUACUUUCAACUUCUCUCUCAGGUAGUGAUGAUUGAUUCUCUUGCCUGUCAUUUUCUCCUUUUGUACCCAUCUGGUGGGAAAGUCACUAUAUAUUCUGCACAUUUGAUCUAGAAAAAUGAGUUUAUGAACUCAAGGGAAUCCGUGAAAAAUCAUAAUCCAUUAACAUAUAGAAUAGGAUUCUGCGGAUAGAAAAGCAGCGUUGGAUCCUUUUAUGCGCAGUAGAAUUGAGUCUUACAUCACUAACAAUUCUUCUAUAUUAGAGCAAUUAAGUAUUAGCAUCAUUGAUAAGCAAGAAAAGGAAGUGCUAGAGUGCAUUGGAAGAGAGAGGCUCUAACACCAAACAAAGUGAUGGCCGAGUAUGAUUUUCCAUACACAGACUCUUCUGUCUACAAUGCUUCGGGGCCUGAUGAUUGGAGCAGCACAAGCUAUAUAUUGGAUCAUGUAUGCCGGCCAGUCAUCAUUGAUGCUGAAGGGAGGAAAAGGCCAAUUGUUUCCUAUGGUCCACAGCAGAACUCAGAUAUCUAUGUUACAAGAACUGAAACAAUUGUCAAAGAACAUUUUCUUUCACCUUCCUCAGAACAUAAGCAUACUCCUUACACGUCACCUGAGGGUUAUGGAUAUGCUGAAGAAAGGUGGCAGAAACCUUCAGGUCCAGUUAACACGCCUGAGAAGACUGAUGAAUCCCAUACCAGAGUGCAAACUGAGGCUAGCAAACCCAGGUUUGACCCUUUCAGUCAAGCAAACUGGCGUAAGACCACUACAUCCCCAGGCUUUUCUGGCAAUACUGGUGGCCAGAGUAGUGAAUUCAAUGACUUAAGCAACCAUGAUUGGCAAAAAUCUGGCGGUAAUGCAUACCAAAAUGACAACUUUGAUGACUUCUUCAGCAAGCAUAGCAGCGCCAUGGAGCCAUCCAGGGUCGACCAAACCAUAAUACACGGAAUGGUGGAUCACCCAAUUCUACCUACUUCAAGGAACCUGUCAAACCUUCUCGCACUAGUGCUCCAUAUUUCCAGCAUACAGAGAGACUGUUGGCAUCAGGGAAUCCACCCCAACGGAGCCAGCCAUGAUCACCCAUGGCAGGUGGGUCAGGCCAAGUCCUAAAACAUGGGCCUCACCACCUGACUACAUCCUCUCAAAACCAACAAAUGAUAUCAACACAGCCGUAGGGAUUAUGAAAGAAGCAGCCAAGCCUUCUUUCUCUCCUGCUCCAAACUCCAAACCAACAAAUGACAUCAGCAGAAGAGCUUUGGAGAUUUUGGAAGAAGCUGUCAAGCGCCCUUGUUGUCUUCUGGCCCAAACUCCCGGUUUACUGAACCUGGCUUUACAGAAACCAUUGACAGCAUAGAAGCUGCAUGGAGAUAUAAUUUCAAUAUUCCAUCCAGACCAGCCACAAAAGAAGAUAAUUGUAAAACAACCAGGAAAACCAGGAACGGAGAGCUU